AUGUCUUCGCAACAGAGAGAAACCGUGGUUUCAGUGCCGCUCACACCGACGAGGUCGGAUUUAUACUGGCGACGAAUUUUUAACAAAUAUGACAGAGACAACGACGGUCGAAUAUCCUACUUAGAAUUGAAAAACAUCAUCGAGUCCCGGGAAUACGACCAUGAUCUGCCGGACAACGUGGUGGAGAAGAUCAUGGAGCUGGGGGACCGCGACAACUCCGGCUACCUGGACUUUGCUGAGUUCGUGGAGAUGAUGCACAACCCCGACCUUAAAGCGGUGUUCGGACAUUUUGUGGCGAGAUACGUGCACUCCAUCAUACCAAACAGAGACCCUGUGGAUACAACCGACGGUAUAUACGAAGAGGAAUAUAGCUGUUGGCCGCCGGCGAUCUGCAUGAUCCUGAUCUCAUUGAUUGAGAUAGUGCUGUUCUGCUACGAUGCCUCCCAGGGGAAGACGGACGCGACGGGCCCCGUCGCACAGAUCUUCAUCUACAAUCCACAUAAGCGGCAGGAGGCGUGGCGCUUCCUCACAUAUAUGCUGGUGCAUGUGGGCGUGGUGCACUUGGUGGUGAACCUGCUAGUGCAGCUGUUCCUGGGGGUGCCGCUGGAAAUGGUGCACCGGUGGUGGCGCGUGGCGCUGGUAUACGUGGCGGGCGUGGCAGCUGGCUCGCUUGCCACCAGCCUCACCGACCCCAAGGUCUACCUGGCCGGCGCUUCCGGUGGCGUUUACGCGCUCAUCGCGGCGCAUAUCGCCACUAUUAUUAUGAAUUGGGCAGAGAUGGAGUUCGCGAUAGUUCAACUGCUAGUUUUUCUAUUACUGACGAUCGUAGACAUUGGUACGGCCGUGUAUGACCGCUACUGGAGACACUUGCAGCAGAACAUUGGAUACGUGGCACAUCUGGCUGGCGCUGUGGCUGGUCUAUUAGUAGGUAUAGGAGUACUCCGUAACUUAGAGAAGAGGAAGUGGGAGAAGAGACUGUGGUGGGCGGCGGUGGUUAUCUACUUCUCGCUCAUGUUAGCGGGAGUGCUGGCUAAUAUCUUUUGGUACUCGCAUUUCCAGUGA